CACAGAACACUGUUCUUCUCUUGUACUUUGCUGAAACACAUCAUUUACAUGCUGUUGAGAUUUGCACAAGGAAGCCGAUAUGUGGAGAGUAUGAGGAGUACGAGAAACAGCAGAGACACACCGCUAGAACAGAUGGAGUGUGAGCGGCAGGAAUAUCUAUAUUCCCGAUGCCAGAGCUUGAGAGAAAAGGUCGCUGUAUAUGAGCAAAUGCACGAAGCCAUCAGGAGGCGAAUCUGUGGCCCAUCUGUCCGUGAGGAAGAUCUCAGGAACAGUCUACGCUGCGACUCCAGGAAUUACAAUUCAACUGUUAACAGGAUGGAGACAACAGAGAGAGCCGCCGUGAGAGGACUAGCUAGUCCAAGACAGAAAACAGAUUUGAAGUUCCUAGAUGUAGGCAGCAAAGAACCGGCCGUAGUUAACCAGAAAACAGAACCUGAAGCCAGCUACAACCCCGCUGGCAAUGUGGCUGCCAGAGAGCCAGCUGUAGUUAAGAUCAAAACAGAACCUGAAGCUAGUCACAAGCCUGCAGGCAAUGUGCCUGCAGUUAACAACAAGAUGGGACCUGAUGCCAUGCCCGCAGGCACCAUGGCUGCAAUAAAGCUGCCUGUAAUUAGCCAGAAAACAGGACCUGAUGCCAGCUACAAGCCCGCAGGCACCAUGGCCUCAAGAAAGCUGCCUGUAAUUAGCCAGAAAACACGACCUGAUGCCAGCCACAAGCCUGCAAGCACCAUGGCCGCAAGAAAGCUGCCUGCAGUUAGACAGGAAACAGGACCUGAUGCCAGCUACAAGCCCGCAAGCACCACAGCCUCAAGAAAGCUGCCUGUAAUUAGACAGAAAACAGGACCUGAUGGCAGCUACAAGCCCGCAAGCACCAUGGCCUCAAGAAAGCUGCCUGCAGUUAGCCACAAAACAGGACCUGAUGCCAGCUACAAGCCCGCAAGCACCAUGGCCUCAAGAAAGCUGCCUGUAAUUAGACAGAAAAGAGGACAUGAUGGCAGCUACAAGCCCGCAAGCACCAUGGCCUCAAGAAAGCUGCCUGCAGUUAGCCACAAAACAGGACCUGAUGCCAGCUACAAACCUGCAGACACCAUGGCCUCAAGAAAGCUGCCUGUAGUUAGACAGGAAACAGGACCUGAUGGCAGCUACAAACCCGCAAGCACCAUGGCCUCAAGAAAGCUGCCUGCAGUUAGCCACAAAACAGGACCUGAUGCCAGCUACAAACCUGCAGACACCAUGGCCUCAAGAAAGCUGCCUGUAGUUAGACAGGAAACAGGACCUGAUGGCAGCUACAAACCCGCAAGCACCAUGGCCUCAAGAAAGCUGCCUGUAGUUAGACAGGAAACAGGACCUGAUGCCAGCUACAAACCCGCAAGCACCAUGGCCCCAAGAAAGCUGCCUGUAGUUAGACAGGAAACAGGACCUGAUGCCAGCUACAAACCCGCAAGCACCAUGGCCCCAAGACAGCUGCCUGUAGUUAGACAGGAAACAGGACCUGAUGCCAGCUACAAACUUGCAAACCCCAUGGCCUCAAGACAGCUGCCUGUAGUUUGCCAGAAAAGACAACCUGAAGCCAGCCACAAGCCUGCAGGCAACGUAGUCAGCCAAACUCCAAGCCCUGGGCUUGAUGAGCUGAUUCAGCUGUUGAACCUGAAUUACUAACUUUAAUGAAUUACUGACAUUACUCGAAAAACUUUCAACCUUACUGUGUUUUCCAAAUCCAAAAUAAAAUGCUUUUUAAUAAAGCAGUGUGACAUGCUACUAUGAUUCGCAUGUAUGUAGCUAUACGUUACAGAUUGCAUCGUGUGAGUUACACGACGACAUGACGUUUCCCAGGUGAUACGCUGUGCUACAGUGGCUGUACAUGGGAAUACCUAUGGUAAUACAUAGUACCAGAACAACACUAAAGCGAUAACUGUCAACACAUGGAGGACAACGGAACAGCACACAUGUACAGUGGGUGGAGACAAGGCAAACACCUUCAGAUUUCUCAGGGUUCAUGUCAGCGAGGAUCUCACCAGGUCUCACGUAAUGAGGAACAAUGUCCGUACUUCCUAAGAAGCUUAAAGAAAGCUACAGGCGUACACUCCUACCAUCAGAGAGACGCUACAGGGACAUGAAGGCAUGAACCGAACGGCUGAGGAACUUCUUCACAUCUUGUUACCACUGGUCUAUAUUUGCACUAUAUAUAUAUUAUACAAUCCGAUGCCCAGUGUCUUUUAACGGUACACGUUUACUGGCGGCGUUUUAUUGGACGACAGCCUACCUACCUCACAUUCGUACCUGUAUUAUACUGGAUAUAUCAUACCAUAUUUGUAAUGCACUGUAUAUAUCAUACGCCAACCUAGAGUGUAAUUUAUAACUGAUUUAUAUCCCUUUCCCGUGUAGUAUCGACGGUGACCGGAAGGAAUGCAGAGUAAGAACCUUCACUGUACAUUGUACAAUAAAUUCUUGAACUCUACUGUAUGGUCUGCAGAAGGAGACUGAGUUACUAAUCCAACAAUCAGGCUCUUAAGGAUGAACUUAAAUGUAUACAAAUGGAACUUCAUGCAUUCUUCCUUCAUAUUGGUAAUAAUAAUAAUAAGAGGAAGAAGAAUAAUA